AUGAAGAGGCGCCUGGACUCCCGGUACGGCAACUGCUUCUGCCUCAACUGGCAUGGGCAGGAACAACACAACGCCUCCAUCUUCAACUACCACACCAUCUCGGCGCCGAAUGCCGGCCUGACACUAACGCUCGACGUACAGCCACAAGAGUAUCUGCCGACCAGCACUGCGAUGGGUUUCUUGGUCAUGGUGCACGGACGCGGCUUCAGAGCGGACCCGUGCGCCGACUCCGUCUUCGCACAGCCUGGUUACAUCACGUACGUCGGCCUGAUACAGGGAAGGCGCACGGCACUUCCAGAGCCAUAUCAGCCUCCUUGCAGAGACACCUGGCCCAGCAGGCUUAAGUACUACCUGCAGAACACCACGCGGUACACUCGCGAGGACUGUUUGAAAAUAUGCCACCAAGAGAUGAUCCGGUCCAAAUGCAAGUGCGAGUCCCAAAAUUUGCCCUUCUCUUCACGAGAAGACCGCCUGAAGACGCCCGUCUGUGGAGACAAACACCGGGAUUGCAUCCGUCAAGUUCGUGCUAUCAUGGACCUGCCGUAUGUGCAACGAUACUGCCGCUGUUUCCGGUCCUGCAUUGAUGUCGACCACUACAAGGAACUGUCCUUCGCCGCCAUGCCUCAGGUAAAUAUGUCAAAAGACUAA